AUGUCUUCCACUCUUCCUCUCCCUUUCUCGUUCCAGAUGUUUCUCUACGCCUCUCUACAUCUUUCAUACUCUCUCAUAUCCCCCACUCGACUCCUCUAUUUCUUUCUUUUUCCGUCUAGAUGUCUUCCACUCCCUUUCUCUCCCUCUCUCUCUCUCUCUCUCUCUCUCUCUCUCUCUUUCAAGAUGUUUCUCAUAUCUCUGCUACUGACAUUCAUAUUCAGUUCCCAGCUUAAACACUCAACCUUUCCCAAUUCUCUAUCUCUCUCAUCUACUAUUUCAAUAACUCUCACACGUUUUCUUUUCCUGUCUAUUGUCUUCCUUUCUCUCUUUCUUCCACUCUCUCUCUCUCUCUCUCUCUCUCUCUCUUUCCAGCUGUUUCUCUACACUUCUUUUAACUUUUUAUUCAGUCUCACUUUCCAUACUCUCCUUUUCUCUCUUUUCCUGUCUAGUUGUCUUCCUUUCUCUCUUUCUUCCACUCUCUCUCUCUCUCUCUCUUUCUCUCUUUCCAGCUGUUUCUCUACACUUCUUUUAACUUUUUAUUCAGUCUCACUUUUUCUGUCUAGUUGUCUUCCUCUCUCUCUUUCUUCCACUCUCUCUCUCUCUCUCUUCCAGCUGUUUCUCUACACUUCUUUUUUAACUUUUUUAUUCAGUCUCACUUUCCAUACCUCCCUUUUCUCUCUUUUCCUGUCUAGUUGUCUUCCUUUCUCUUUUCUUCUUUCUUCUCUCUCUCUCUCUCCUCUUUCCAGCUGUUUCUCUACACUUCUUUUAACUUUUUAUUCAGUUUCACUUUUCCUGUCUAGUUGUCUUCCUCUCUCUCUUUCUUCCACUCUCUCUCUCUCUCUCUCUCUCUCUCUCUCCAGCUGUUUCUCUACACUUCUUUUAACUUUUUAUUCAGUCUCACUUUCCAUACUCUCCUUUUCUCUCUUUUCCUGUCUAGUUGUCUUCCUUUCUCUCUUUCUUCCACUCUCUCUCUCUCUCUCUCUCUCUCUUUCUCUCUUUCCAGCUGUUUCUCUACACUUCUUUAAACUUUUUAUUCAGUCUCACUUUUCCUGUCUAGUUGUCUUCCUCUCUCUCUUUCUUCCACUCUCUCUCUCUCUCUCUCUUUCCAGCUGUUUCUCUACACUUCUUUUAACUUUUUAUUCAGUCUCACUUUCCAUACUCUCCUUUUCUCUCUUUUCCUGUCUAGUUGUCUUCCUUUCUCUCUUUCUUCCACUCUCUCUCUCUCUCUCUCUCUCUCUCUUCCAGCUUUGUCUUCCUCUCUCUUUUUCUUCCACUCUCUCUCUCUCCAGCUGUUUCUCUACACUUCUUUUAACUUUUUAUUCAGUCUCACUUUCCAUACUCUCCUUUUCUCUCUUUUCCUGUCUAGUUGUCUUCCUUUCUCUCUUUUCUUCCACUCUCUCUCUCUCUCUCUCUCUCUCUCUCUCUCUCUCUCUCUCUUUCUCUUCUCUUCUCUCCACUUUUUUUUUUAUUCAAUGUCUUCCACUCACACUUUCUUUUUCCAGGUGUUUUCUUUUAUUCUCUCUCAUUUCCCAUAUUCGACAUAUCCCAUUCUCUCUUUUUCUGUCUAGAUGUCUUCCUCUCUCUUUCCAGCUGUUACUCUAUACUUCUCCUUUUGACUUUUUAUUCAGUCUCACUUCCCGUACUCUCCUUUUCUCUCUCUCUCUCUCCCUCUUUUCCUGUCUAGAUGUCUUCCUCUCUCUUUCCAGCUGUUACUCUAUAAUUCUCCUUUUGACUUUUUAUUCAGUCUCACUAGCCAUACUUUCCUUUUCUCUCUCUCUCUCUCUCUUUUCCUGUCUAGAUGUCUUCGACUCUCCCUCUCUUUCCAGAUCUUUCUCUACACCUCUCCUGUUGAUUUUCACACUCUCUCGUUUUCCAGUCCUAACCUUCCACCUCCCCCACCUACUAUCUCACUCAAGUACUACUUCGAGAUAUCUACCACUCUCUUUUUUUUCUGUUUCGAUGUCUUCCGCUUUCCCUCUUUCUUUUUCUUCCCUCUCUAGACCUCGUUCAUUCUCUCUCUCCUUUCCACUCAUAUCUAUCUAUCUAUCUAUCUAUCUAUCUAUCUAUCUAUCCCAGUCUCGUUAUAUAAUAUAUCAUAUCAUAUCUAUCUAUCUAUCUAUCUAUCUAUCUAUCUAUCUAUCUCUGUCUCGUCAUAUAAUAUCAUAUAAUAUCAUAUCUAUCUAUCUAUCUAUCUAUCUAUCUAUCUAUCUAUCUAUCCCGAUCUCAUCAUAUUAUCUAUCUAUCUAUCUAUCUAUCUAUCUAUCUAUCUAUCUAUCUAUCUAUCUAUCUAUCCCAGUCUCAUCAUAUUAUCUAUCUAUCUAUCUAUCUAUCUAUCUAUCUAUCCCAGUCUCAUCAUAUUAUAUAUUAUCUAUCUAUCUAUCUAUCUAUCUAUCGUUUGUCAUUUACUCUCACUUGUGA